AUGACACCAGUCAACGACGACUUGUCGCGUGCUCCCUCUUCUGAGCCCUUGGAAGGACCGCCCCCGCCCACUACUCGUCCACCGCCGACCCCAGACCCCGAAUCAUCGUCGCCAACGAAGUCGCCACCGCGCAAGCUGCCCUUUCUGAAUACUCAAAACCUGAGAAAACGCGGACGGCCCAAGGCAAUCUCUGCUUCCGAAACCCAUGUCAAUGCCCUUCUAAUUAGAGUAGCCGCUCUCGAAGCCAGAAUUGAACGUCAAGAUAAAAAAAUCGCCUCUCUCGAAGCUACGAUCAAGGCCGCUGAAACAAUUUCCGGGAACAAUUACGAUCCACCAAUUACGAUCUAG